UGUUGGGCAGCUCUCGGGUCAGCUGGUAGCAGCUCACUUUGUUGAAUCAUGCGUGUUGACAGCGGCCACUAAACCACCAUGGUGGGUACAACACAGGACCGUACAGAUGCAGCCUGACAUUGUCUCGUAUCCCGGGAAUGAAUGAACCGAAAACCCACUGUGUAACUGGGACUAGCCUAUUUGAAGACAGUAACUCUUACAGGGCAUGCGCUGCUCUGCUUCUCCCAACUCUAGAUAUCUCUCGGACUUACAGUGUCUGGUUGAAGCCUGGUUUUUGCUUUUCCAACAACACGUUUUUUUUGGGGUUUUUUUACGUUUCCUGCCUCUCGACUAUUGGGGUGUAUAUAUGAUGAAGUUUAAGCCCAACCAGACCAGGACGUACGACGGCGAAGGGUUCAAAAGAAGAGCGGCGUGUUUGUGCUUCAAAAACGAGAAAGAGGACGAGGUGCUACUGGUGAGCAGCAGUCGACAUCCAGACCAAUGGAUUGUGCCAGGAGGAGGAAUGGAGCCUGAGGAGGAGCCCUGUGGGGCUGCUGUAAGAGAGGUGUAUGAAGAGGCUGGUGUGAAGGGAAAGCUUGGCAGACUACUUGGGAUUUUUGAGCACAAUCAAGACAGAAAGCACAGGACCUAUGUGUAUAUCCUCAUAGUGACGGAGACACUGGAAGACUGGGAGGACUCUGUCAACAUCGGAAGGAAGCGUAAGUGGUUCAAAGUUGACGAAGCCAUCAGGGUGCUGCAGAGCCACAAACCUGUCCAUGCAGAAUACCUGCGCAGACUCAAGAACACCUGUAACCCCUCCUGUGGUCCGGUUUGUAGCUCGACGAAUGGCAACACCCUGGGCUCCCAAGUGACGGACAACAACGCACCUCAUUAUGUUUGCUCCACACAGGCAUCAGAUCUAGUCAACAGAUAGGAU